AUGACAUCUGUGCCCAAGCCGGCGCCGCAUGGCCACUUCAACGUGCUCUUCUUUGCCGGUGCCAGCUCCUACACAGGCAAAGACGGUGUGGCGUUGCCGGCGCCGCUGCCAUUGGGCGAACUCUUUCCCGAGCUCGAGGCCAGGUUCCCCGGCGUAAAGGCCAAGAUACUCGACUCGUGCCUGGUGACGGUCAACCUUGAAUACGUAGAUGUGCCGGGGGAGGGCGACGGCGACGGCAUCGUUAUCCAGGAAGCGGACGAGGUUGCGAUUAUUCCGCCAGUCAGCUCCGGGUGA